AUGACGGUGAUGGUGCUGGAGCUGACAGUGGCGCAGAUUAUGGAGGGUUGUGAUGAUGACGAUGAUGAUGGUGGUCGUCGUCGUCGUCGUCGUCGUCGUCGCGCGGAUGGUGUUCCUGCUGCCGACGACAUUAAUGAUGAAGACGACGACGAAGACGAUAAUGAUGAUGAUUAUGAUGAUGUCAAGUGGGCCGUAAACGGUUAGUCCAGUCCUACUUACCUUUUCAGUACGGCUUAUCAGUGAGGACGUGCUCGUUGCUAUGACACCACAACUUUAGGCAUUAGGCUGGAGUUUAGAGCGGCAAUUAAAUCGGCGAGCACUACCCUACUAGAAAAAAGAUAUUUUCGCAGUCAUUCCUCUUGACCAGUUCUUAUUUCUGUGAUAUGCUGUCUAUUAAGGCAAAAGAAACUGCAGGAACGAUGCGGAUUUUUGCAAAGUAACUAGAAAGGGGGAGUUUGGGGAAGAACCAAUCCCAUCUCGGAAAGCUAUGACCUUCACUCUGUUCUCAUCUACUUCUCCGUCGGAAAAACUGUUUGAGUGGCUAUUGCCCGUCACUGUAGACUGGCCCAGCGCGUCUUUGACAAAAGUUCCUAAGUCCCUCGAAGCACUUUUAUUCUGUCCUGCCGAUCGACAAAUGCUACGCCCACGUAAGUAGCUUCAAUGUGGUGCCAAUAACGACGACUGUAGAGACAGAUUAAGACAAAAGCAAAUAAUUGACAACGUUUUAAAAGUGCUUUUAAAAAGGUAAGAUAUAAAUUAGGCGGGGUAGCAGUAAUCGCUGAUGGGGCAGCUCAUGGCAGGCUGCUUCCUACGUCGUGGCAUGUUGGUUUUCCAACAGAAACGCCCCGGUCACCUGAAACUCUCUUGCCCUGAAAACUUUGCCUAUGAAGUAAUGUAAUUCCACCUCCCCUCCAUGUUCUUCAAUAUUUACAUAAAUCCCCCGUCUUUUUCUAGAAAGAAUGAAAGAAAAGUCAUUUCAUAAAGUAAUUUUGCGCGGACUUAUUUCGUGCUUUAAUCUCAUAUUUGGAGGUACACUAUAUUUAUGUCUUAAAGGGAUUUUUCCAGAAAAGGGCGACUUUAACAUGUUGCCAUGGUUGGCACGCUGUUGUACAGGAAUAAAUAUCAUGGGCUCGGCGUACGCCAGUUUGGUAACCGGACGUGAUCGUCCAAUUUUUGCUUGGGACUCAACCAAGUGCCCUUGAGGGCAGCCGCAUAGAGAUCAGUAGUAUAUGUAAAAAGAAGUACGGACGUCGGCAAGGAAUAUUAGGAUAGCCGUUUCUGAGUUAUGAUAGCCUAGAGCAGCAUUUUAAAGUCCAACGCUCAAUCUUUGAUCCACGGGUCUGUUAUCUUGCCAGUUGCGAUCGCCGAAUACCCUUUCGGUGAUAGUUAACACGCCCGAUCGUUAUUGAGAGGACAGCGGGCUCCCGGCUAGACUUAAUAAUCUCCAACGACCAAGAAGUCUAGGCGUGAAUUCCAGGUUAUUCGAAUCAGAAGCGGUUGUGGUUGGCUGAGGAGGGCAUAUAGGUCAGAAACGGCCUCCAAUCUCCCGUGUUUUUUGUGAGUAUUCCUUCAUACAGGAAGCAAUUUUGUAUUCCGUCCCUUGUCUCCAGUGUGGUACGUUUGGAAACUCCCGAACCAGGCGAACACAUCUGGAACUACUAAGAGGUUUCUAAUCAUGGCAAGCCAACCUCUGAAACGGAGAUCCAGGCAAACUUCUGGAAAGUCUGCAAAGCGAAAACCUUAAGAGCGGAACGUGUCCCACGCUCUGAGAUGAUGAUUCUCUGGAAGAAGCACUUUAAAAAAAAGCUUUCUACCAGUUAACUGCUUGCGUAGAAUGUCGCGGUCUGACAUCUGGUAGCCGAUUUCGUUACACGGAAUGCAGACAAUAAAUAGCCUCCCCCUCACCCUCCCCACCUUGGAAUCGCAGUUUCAUCGUUAAACAUACCUCGUUUUUGCCUUUUCAUAGAACAACUCUCUCUCUCCACGCGCAAGUCACCGUACCUGCCUCACCUUCCAAUAAAGUACACAGUGGACAUCGUCUGGCACGGCGGUCAAACUGUCGGUUGUUUCGAAUCGAACUCUCAGUAG